CAGGGUGAAAAUAUUGGAAACAAGCUUCUUCUUGAAUAUCCAUGUCCUGCAACAGAACGCUACAAAUUGUUAGUGGUGGGAGAUGACGGAUGUGGGAAAACGAGUCUCCUCAACGCGCUUGUCAAAAGCGACUUUGAUGUAAGUGUUAAUCUGUUUAAUCAAUAUCAUAUUGCGUCUUCUAUAACUCUAAUAGUGCAGUAGAGAUAACGUCGUAUGUACAGUACGUUUUCGCACAUUCAGAACACCAAUCAGGGAGCAAAAAGCAUAAUAAUUUUUUUGGUGAUUUUUGCAGGCAUAGCCAAAAACUUGAAAAAAGUUGAUUCAACCUUUUAAAUUUUCAAUCCAUGCCUAUCACUGGCAUCCGUCGCAACAAACGACAGUAAACAGUUUCAAUUACCGAAUACAAUCUUAAAUAACAAAACUGGGCCAUUGUUUUUGGAAUUCAAUCGAUUCGAAGACAUGUUUCAGCUUCUCUUUUUUCUAAAUGGCGUGAAAUAACCUUUUUGACUCAAGUUUACAAUGACUGUAAAAGUCAAAGCUAGGGUGAACUUGUUUUAACCAUAGGUACCCACCAGAUAGGUGGGUAUAUUAUUUUUGGUCUAUCUGUAGCAAAACCUUGUAUUUUUUGUGAACAGGUUCCCUUUGAGGCGUUUUAAAUAGAAUUAAUUUUUGAUAAAUAUUUAGUCAGAUAAAAAACGCUAUAAUUUAAAGAACUUUUAUUCAUUGCUCUGUGAUUUCAGAACUUCAACACCAAUAAAAGUGUAAGAAAAUUACAAUAAAGUUUUCAUAAAAUUUAAGAGACAAAGCAGCCAGCUGAGGAACUGUAGAAUUUUCUUUUAAGCCGUAUUUACUUUUUGUCCUUUGUAGGCAGAGGAGACGAUAUCUUGCAUUUUUGAUGAGUGUGUGGCAGACGUUAUAACGGAAGGAAGUAGAAUGGAAUUAAUGCUGUGGGAAAUAUCUGGUACGGAACGUAUCCAUAUUGGCCGCCACUAGCCAUCUUCUCAUAGCUGUUAUACUUUCUAGAUUUAGCUUAUUUACUGAACUGAUCUUGCUCCUCGGCUCAUUUUUCUGGUCAUUUGCUCAUUUUGUGAUAAAUUAUUAUAAAUAACUAUUAUAAAUUUUAAAUGACAAAUAAUAAAUAAAUUUUAAAUUAUCAGUUUUAAUUAAUAAUUGGUGUUGCUACAACCAAGAUGAUCACGAACUUGUGAGUCCUGAUUGAUGAUUGGCGAUAUCAUUUGUAUAUUUGUAAUCAUACCAAGUUCAUUAAUACAAUGCCUUUUUUAGGCCUUGAAGACUACGAGAGCAUAAGACGAGAGAUGUACAGAGAUUCUGACGUCAUACUGAUAUGUUUUGACAUCGGCCAUCCCCCGUCUUUACAAAGCGUUGUAAGCAAGGUAUUCUUAAAAUUCUGCUGUUGCUGCAGCCUUUAAUUUCUUUGCUUAGGUGCUUAGUCACCCUUUAUUGAUAUCUUACAGUGGAUGCCAGAAAUAAGUGACGCAUGCCCAGGAGUACCUUACUUACUAAUUGGCUGUAAGAAUGACUUGCGCAGUGAUGCUGCCCUUCAGUAUUAUUUGACUGUACCAGGACAAGAAUCAGAAGAGCGCGACAGUGUAACAAGAGUUCAGGUAUGUUUCAAGGAAUCUUACAUAAGCUUACUGUGCUGGGAACUGAUUUGAGUAAAUGAACAUCUCAUGGCUAAUCCGAAUGUUUCGUUCUUAAGAGGCAAGGCCACAAGCUUUUCUUCAGAUUUGGCAGCUAUGUUGGAGAAUGCCAGCGUGAACUCGACCAGCCGUUCUUUUCUUUGCUGGUUGGUAUGCUUGUUGGCUAACACACAGUGUUCUCCAAUCUGUUAAUUAGUAUAUUGUAGAUUUGUAUAAUUUAUUCUCUCUCCAAGUUAAACAGUGAUUUUUCUUCUGCGUUUACUCCUGAUUCAAUCUUGUUUAACCGGCCUUCCCUUUUGUUUAUAGGCUGUCUCUGUGGCGCAGUCAAUAAUGGCUCGUGAUUAUGUCGAGUGCUGUGCCAAAACGCGGUGGAAUGUGUCGAAAGUGUUCAAGAGUGCUGCGGAAGCUAUUUUGCACAAGGACGACGAAAAAUUAGAAGAGACUAAAUCACAAUCUGUACUUCGGCGGUUUUCGUGGUUUACUCGGAGAUCUUCGGGGUCUGAUAUUACUGACUGUCACACCGUUGUUCGUUCGGUAUCGGGAAAUCGGAGGCUUUCUUUGUUUUCAACCAGCUGA